GGACCAGCCAAUAACAGACCCGUUCCGCUAGCGCUUCUCGCCCCUCGGUUUCUCCUAUUGGCUGUACAGAAAAAUUGCGCGCCAAAUCAAAAAUUGGCGAGCGAGGAGUCGUUUCUUGCUACAUCCACAUAGCUUCAACAUGCCCGCCGACUUGGAUGUCAGGCAGUGCCCAGCGCUGCCUCACGAAGAGCCUCUCGGAGCCACCUCGCCUCCUCAUGGGGAGCUUCAAUACCUGAAGCAGGUCGAGCACAUCCUGCAGUUCGGGCAUAAGAAGCAGGACCGAACGGGGACCGGCACCGUCUCCGUCUUCGGCAUGCAGGCGCGGUACAGCCUCCGAGAUAGCUUCCCAUUGCUAACAACAAAAAGAGUGUUCUGGAAGGGAGUACUUGAAGAACUACUUUGGUUUAUCAAGGGUUCUACAAAUGCAAAAGAGCUUUCUGCUAAAGGUGUCAAGAUCUGGGAUGCCAAUGGUUCUCGUGAAUUCUUAGACAAGCAGGGAUUCUUUUCUAGAGAGGAAGGGGACUUGGGUCCAGUUUAUGGUUUCCAGUGGAGACAUUUUGGAGCAGAAUACAAAGAUAUGAAUACAGAUUAUGCAGGAAAAGGAGUAGAUCAGUUGCAGCAGGUUAUUGAUACAAUCAGAAAUAAUCCAGAUAACAGAAGAAUAAUCAUGUGUGCAUGGAAUCCUAAAGAUAUCUCUGCAAUGGCCUUGCCUCCAUGUCAUGCUCUCUGCCAGUUCUAUGUUUUAAACGGUGAACUCUCCUGUCAGUUGUAUCAGCGUUCAGGAGACAUGGGUUUGGGAGUACCCUUCAAUAUUGCAAGUUACUCACUUCUCACAUUGAUGAUUGCUCACAUCACAGGCUUGAAGCCUGGAGAAUUUGUACAUACAUUAGGAGAUGCUCAUAUAUACCUAAACCAUAUUGAACCAUUGAAAAUCCAGCUUCAGAGGGAACCAAGACCUUUUCCCAAGCUCAGCAUUCUUCGCCAAGUUGAAAACAUCAAUGAUUUUAAAGCAGAUGACUUCAAAAUAGAAGGUUAUAACCCUCAUCCAGCUAUUAAAAUGGAAAUGGCUGUUUAAUUACCUUGCUUCAAGGAGUGUUACUUACCUUAAUCUUUUUAAUAGUGUUUUUAAAUAUUUUAGGUAUUCAAAAUGUCUAUAAGGGCAAAAUGUGAUCCAUCUUUUGUGACAUAUUACCUUGGCCUUCAUUCACAGGGAUUAUAUGUCUUAUGAUAAAAUAUUUACACUGUAUUGUACACGUGAUGUUGUUCCCAGGGGUGCAGAUUUCUCACCUCUUUGCUGUAAAGUAACUUUAGGAUGUAUUGUUUUUUGUAUUUUUUCAAGGCUGACCAGCAUUAAUUAAUAAAAUAUACACACUUGUUCAGUA